CAACACACAUUUACACUCUCUCACUCCGACUCUCAGUACCUCUGUCCAGACAGCUGCUCCAGACCACGCCGCCCAUUUCCAUUCAAACUUCAAGCCACACUUCUGAGUGUGUGAGCCAGCAAUUCAUCCAGAGCCUGCUGUGCCUUUUUUAGGAGACUCAUAGUUUGUAAAAGUUUCGGUUGGAGGAACAGUACAGAUACCAUGAUGAGGAUCAUACUGCUGCUGCUGGUCGCCCUGACGGGUCCCUUUUGUACCUUUACCAGCGCAAGUACUCUGGUGGCGCCAACAGCUUUUGAUCUGAAUGUAACAGCAAAAGUUGAACCAGUCCAGCCUACUGUUACAGAAAAAACAGAGGAACCAACUUUAGCUUCAACAGUAGAGCCUGUUUCUGCGGUUACGGAGGUGUCUGCUACAGCGGCAAAUACAACAGUGGUUACCACACAUAUACAAUCAACGGUAUCAGAAGCAGAAAACACAACAGAUCCAACAACUACAUUAACAGAAUCUGUUACCGAAACCGAAGAGCCAGUUACUCCUACUGUCACUCAAGAAAUACCCACAACAAUGAAAGAAAAUAAUGCUACAGCAAUGGCCGAGAAAGAUGUGAAAAUAGAAGAAGCUAUGGGCACAGGACAGUUGGCGGGGAUUGUAAUCGGUGCAUUGAUCGCAGUUAUUGUUGUCAUUGCUGUUAUCAUCUUGGUGGUCAGGAGAAUGGGCCAAUACUCACCCUGAAAAGAACGUCGCAAGACAGCAAGAAAAGAGGAAAUUCUGGAUGUUCUGAUUGUGAACUAUUUUUCUUCUAGCUGCACUAUCCAGGACUAUAAGGGAGAGCAGGAGAGUUCGCAUCCUCAUUUUAAUUCAUAAGGAUUCCCUCCCUAACCCUUCUUCAACCUCCUAAUUUACCCCAUCUCCCCUUAUUUAGCUUAAGUAGCCCCAUUUAUGCCCCCUAAAGGCCACAGGAAGUUAGUGUAUCUACAUUUUAAAAUGCAUAUCAAUGUAAACAAGAGACGUGUGUAUGUGGUCAAGAUAACUGUGAGUUUGCAAGCAAAAGCUUUUUUUUUAUUCCAGUGUAAAUAUCAUACAAGAAAACUCCACAAUCUCUUCACCUGUCAAAAUAUUUAACAAAAUACAAAACGAAGCUGAUCCAGGAUAUCAUCUGCUUUUCAGAGGGGCGCAAAUUAAAAAUAUGUGUCAUGUGUGUUGCUCGUGUUUUCAAAAUAUGUGUUUGUUGCAUCAUGUGAACCAUGUGCAUCACGUGUUUUGUCAAAAUAAGUGCCUGCUGCUGCAAACGUGUCAAAACCGUUUAUGAUAAAAGAGACGCUCGCGUUCACAGAAUAAACGCAAGACACUCCCUUAACAGUAAACUCUGAUUACGCAUGAGAUUAUGCGAGUAUCUGGCAAAUGCGAUCUUCUCUUUUAUCAUAAACCCUUUAGACGCGUCUGCAGCAGGCACUUAUUUUGACAAGUCACGUGAUGCACACAGGAUCACUCGACGCGCCGAACACAUAUUUUGAAAUUACGAACCACAAACAUGACGGAUUACAUACAUGUUGUGACGAACUUCGCAUUGUGCGCCCUCGAAUAAAGAAGUCAUUGUCGCCACUGCAGGAUAUGAUUUCAAUUCUUAAUAUUUUCAUGCAAAGGUGUCCAAAGAGAAUGACGCAUUAUGUACAGUUAAAUUGUCAUAGGCAGAUACUGAGGACAUGUUUUGGUGUUGAUCUGUCUGACUCAUUUUUAUAAAACGUCUCAAGCGUCUAUAUAUAAAGUAUUUGUUAAGGAGAGCGAAAACAUUAGGGCUCCCAUUUAAGUUUAGGGUUUUUUUGCAUACAUUUUUUUAUUUAAUUUAAUUGCAUUAAUAAAAAAGAGACUUGCUUGUGUGUUCAAAACUGUCACCCAUUCCAAAAGUGACUUACUAUCAGAUUAGCUCCAGCGCACAGCUGCUUUUGGCAUUAGCAGACAAAAUCUGUUCCUCACCCUGUAGUGUGCUUUUUUAACAGCAUACAGUCAUUUUCAGACAUCUCGCAUGAUUUACAGUAGUCAGUAUGCAUUUCUCUGUGUCAGUGUUGGGAUUUUACGCUAAAGUUUAUUAUGUGUCUUACGUGUGUUCUUAGAACUUUGCUAUGUUGGGCUUCCUACGAGAUCAGUAAUUAGUGCACUGAAUACUGAAAAGUAAAUGUUCAUAAGAAGGGGCUUUAGACACUGCAACUGUUUGCUACGAUGUUUUGCUGUUUUCUAUAAUGUUUUUGCCAGAUUUCUCGUUAUAGUUUGUUACAUGUUUGCAGUUCCGGAGACCUCUAAAAACAGUUUUUGGGGUAUUUUCUGUUAUUAUUGUUCAUUCUGUUUCAAUAAAAAAAGUUUAAAUGUUACAUUUC